UUCGAAAUGUUAUCAUUAGGAGCCAAUAUCAAUCACAGUAAACAUGAUUGCAUUAAUUCUGCUAGUAAUCUUUCUGAGCUCGCUGUAUCUUUAUGGUACGAAGAACCACAACUAUUGGAAGAAGAAAGGUGUGAAACAUGAAAAACCAGUUCCAUUAUUCGGCACCGACACCAAGCGCUACUUUCUACAGAGAAAUGUUACACAAAUGGCAGCAGAUACCUAUUGGAAUUUUCCAGAAGAGCGCUUCGUUGGCUACUAUCGAGGUAACAUACCAGAAUUAGUAGUGAGAGAUCCAGAUCUUAUUAAAAGGAUUCUCAUCACUGAUUUUAAUAACUUUUACUCUCGUGGACUUUCCCCUGAACAUAAAGUUAUUGAGCCAUUACUACGAAAUUUGUUUUUCGCUGAUGGAGACCUAUGGCGGCUGCUUCGACAGCGAAUGACCCCGGCUUUCACAAGUGGCAAGCUGAAGGCGAUGUUCCCGCUGAUCGUGGAGCGAGCGGAGAAGUUGCAGGCGCGCGCGCUCUCCUCCGCCGCUACUGGCACGCCUAUAGAUGCUCGGGACCUUAUGGCGCGGUACACUACUGAUUUCAUUGGUGCUUGUGGUUUCGGACUCGAUGCAGAUUCACUUAAUGAAGAAAAUUCCGCUAUAAGGAAUGUGGGUGUCAAGAUUUUUAGCAUGUCUCUAACUCGUGCUUUUACAGUAAUAUUUAAGACUCUGUUUCCCGAUAUAUUCAAGCAUCUCAAAUUUCUUGGUCAAGAUCUGGAAGAUGACAUACUAAAUUUAGUGAAUGCUAUACAAAAGCAAAGAAAUUAUAAACCUUCCGGUCGCAAUGACUUCAUAGAUAUGUUGAUGGAAUUAAAACAGAAGGGUAAAAUUGUAGUAGAGUCCCUGGAACGAGCAAAACCUGAUGGCACCCCUGAAAUAGCAGAACUCGAAAUGGAUGACUACUUGAUGGCAGCACAAGCUUUCAUUUUCUUCGCAGCUGGUUUCGAGACAUCAUCUUCCGCUACUAGUUUUACAUUACAUCAAUUGGCUUUCAAUCCUAGUGUCCAAAAGAAAGUACAGGAAAAUAUAGAUACAGUGUUAAUGAAAUAUGACAAUAAACUAAGCUACGAUGCAGUAAAGGAAAUGACAUACUUGCAAUGGGCUUUUCAAGAGGGAAUGAGAAUGUUCCCUUCAUCAGGGUUUCUGAUGAGAAGAUGUGUAAAAAAAUACACUAUACCGGACACUGACAUAACAAUCGACGAAGGUGUCAAAAUAACUAUUCCCAUACAGGCCAUACACAACGACCCUAAAUAUUUUGAUAAUCCAACGGAAUUCAGGCCAGAAAGGUUUUCACCUGAAGAGGUCAGCAAAAGGCACAAGUUUGUCUAUCUGCCGUUCGGAGACGGACCCCGCAACUGCAUCGGCGGUCGACUUGGUCAGAUGCAGUCUGUGGCGGGCCUGGCCGCGGUGCUGGCGCGCUUCACGGUGGAGCCCGCGUCGGAGUCCAAGCGGGAGCUCACGUCGGACCCCAAGUCGAACAUCGUGCAGAACAUUUUAGGCGGCAUACCGCUCAUAUUCCGGGAAAGAAAAGAAAAAAUGUGCUAGUUUAACUAAUUGUUAUAAAAAAAAUAUUUAUCAUAGUGUACGUGAUAUAGAAUUAAUAACAUUGUAGGUAUACAUUUAUUUGUUAUUAGAUUAUAAAAAGAAAUCUCAAUUAAGGCUAAUAUUUAUUAUGGAUUAUAAUUUAAGUAUAUUUAUAUUAUUAAUAAUGCUAAUUUAAUAUUUUAUCAGAUAUAAUAAAAGUCAUUUAAAUUAUAUCCA